AUGGAGCAGCCAUCAAGAUCACCCGACAAACAAAAGGAUGUGUGCAAUGUGACGCCAUCCGUAGUCUCUUCAUCCGUCGGCGCCACCCGCUGGGAUCUCACCUCGAUGCCGUCGAUGUUGACUUCAAGAACACAGCAUGAACUGAAUCGGGAAGUAACGAACCCGCUCAAUUCACGGACAAUCAAAAGAGACGAAUCGUCCAUGCAAGGUAAAGUAUGGGAGGAUCCGCCCCCAUCGCAUCAGCAAGUAGCACAGGGACCAAUCGUUGCCGUUUCAUCUCUAGACGCCUCAUGCUGUAAGGCUACCUCGAUGAUGUCGACUUCGACAAUGAGGCAGCGGGAAAGGCUUCGGCAAGAAUUGAAUAAAUCCAGAGAACGUAAUACCAGUCAGCUAGAGUCAUCCAUGCAAGGUAAACCGUCUGAAGAACAGACCAGAUCGCGUCAACCAGUUGUACAGGGGCCAAUCGUUGCAGCGUCAACACAAGAUGCCUCACGCUGUAAAGUCCGCUCAAUGAUGGUGGAUUCAGGUAUAAGCCAGCCGCAGAACAGAACAAGGACACUAACAAACCCAUUCGAGCCAUCCGACAUCAAUGAAAAUACACUUUUCAUUCAGGACAGGCUCGGUGGUGUUUCGCACCCGUCGUAUUGGUUACGACCCUAUUCGCCAAUCGUUUCGACACAGGCUCCUUACCAGGCUGUUGCAAAUCAUGGAAUCACUUCAGAGCAAAAUGAGACUAUGGCAUCACGUCCGCGAGAAAGGAUGAAUGAGGAAGCCAGAAAUCAACCAUCGUCUGUGUCUGCGAGCCAAGAUACACCAACGUCAACAAGUCACGAAAGAAUACCAGCACAACAUGUACGGAAAGCAUCACAGAAAAGAAGCAAAAGAUUGGCGGUAUUGGCCGGUAAGGAUACACUCAGAGGGGAAGAUAACACGGCCAUGCCCCAAUUACUCAAAUGCUUCGUUCGAAGUGACCUGGAAAGGCAGGUAGCGGAAUCAUGUAAGAUUCGGGAUUCGAGGAAGCUUGUUUCUUAUAGCUGGAUACCUGAAAGUAUGGCGACAGAGGUUUCAGGCAUCUCACCAACAAUAAAAUACCCCGGUUUCACGUUGGAGCAGCAUAAGAGACCGACAAAGAGGUAUCUUGGAUCUGACACUGCCACAGAGGAACGACGGCGCUCUAUGUUGCCAAUGUUUUCAGCCCUUGAGCCAUCGAAUAUAGAGGUUGUAAGGCCACUAUUCGACAUUGAUUUGAUCGCCGAUGCGAAGGCCCUUGAAAACUUGUUGGACGUCAUAUAUCGCGCUACAGAUAUGGCGAAAACUUGGCGAAUACAAGUCGAGCUCAUUCACAAUACACUUAUUCUGGGUAACUAUUGGAGCAUAGACGAAGAACAUCCCAGUCAUCUAGCAGCAGAGCUGACGCGAAGUUUUGCCCAAGAUUAUCAAUGCAACCAAAUAUCCUGGAAGGUGGUGAAUUAUAGGAUCGAGUCGAUGAAGUGGUUAGUCAGGAGUAGUGCAGAACAAUGGUUUGGAAAAGCUCCGCGGCGAAGCAAGUCAAGCGCCGUAGCAGAGGAAGAUGCAAUUGCUCCCGAAGCUACUUUCGAGGACGAGCCAAUUACGAGACACAAUCGACAAGACCAAGAGGUACAUCCAGGAGUAUUCUUUGCGGUAUUAAAACCAAAACCGGUAAAGCCACACUGCGGUUCUCCAGCACCAUUCACUUCGCAACGACUGCCGAGAAGACUCAAGCAGAUGGCAUGGAUCCAGCGAAUGCCAUUGAUCAUCUCCCCCAAGGUAGCAGAGAAUCGAGUUAUGAGAUAUUGGGGCUUGACUGUGAACCUCAGAAAGUUCGAGUCCUGUAACCGAGAGUACAUCCAGCGUUUGGUUCACCUGAUCAAGACGCUGCGAGAUGUCAUGGAAGAGAAAGCUAAUUCGGGACUCUGCCCGAAUAAAAAGGCUACGCUUGUGUGGGAUAAGGCGAAAGGCAAUUUUCUGAAACUGUAUAGAGCGGAUGGGAAUGACAUGGGAAUCACGGAUGCUGUGAAGAGCAGGUUCUGGGAUCAUGAGGCGGCGGAGUUGUUGUUUCCAGGGUCACGUGAGGAGAGUGUAGAUGGGUGACGGUAGAUGAUGUGGAUAGCGUUUGGUUCGUGUAGCGAGUUGAACAGCGAAUAAAGCGUAAUCA